AUGUUCACUCAAUUGUUCAAGUCGUGCUUUUCUACAAUGAAGAUGAAAGUAACAAACGAAUCGUCGGGAAUUCGUCGUGAAUCUAAUUUAUUAUCUAGAAAACGGGCGCUUUUGUGCGGACAGUCAGUGGAGGAACCAAUACCUAAAAGACGGGGUGUUUCUCCACCGGUUAGUGGGGUUAGUGAGCGUUUGGAGCGAUCGGUACCUCCACCGGUACUUUCAUCAGGGAGGAUGAUGCGUGCACCAUCCGAAGAAAGUGUGAUAUUUGUGGGUGAAGAGAAAAUUAAACCCAUCGAGCGUCGACAAAGUGAGGCACAACGCCUUAUUUUAAAAAUUCAGAAAAAUAAAGUACCACCGCAAACUGUUGAAGCGGCGAUGGUGCACACAACUGUUGAAGCGGCGAUGGUGCACGCACCAGCAGAUGCUUCCACAUCGUUUAAUGUCCAAGAGGAUGAAAAAACAGUUAAGGCUGAGGAAGAUUUAGAAAGGAUAUUUCUUUCAGAAGGGGAGCCUUCAUUAAAUUCAGUAUUAACGGACAUCAUAGAUGUGGAAGAGGAGCGACAGAAUGAUCCACAAUUGGAAGAAGAUUACCAGCGUGGAGUAGUUAAAGCCUUAUCACGACAUAUUGAGAGGUUGGAGGGCGGUCUACAAAAUAUUCUUAAACAAGAGGAGCUGCUGAAACGUGUCACGAGUAACGUUUUAGGAUAUAUUGAAAAGGCUGCUCAAAUAGUUCACGAGAGGAAAAUCCAUCAAAUAAACAACAUUAAACAUCAUAAAAAUUUGUUGGAAAACGCUGCAAAAACAACUGCUCAAGUUGAAGUUAAGGAAGGUUUUUUUGAAUGUAGUGAAAGCAAUGCAGGGAGUCAGUUACACAGAUCAAUAAAUAAUAUUGAAGCUUGUAGUAAGGAUAAACCAGAUGACAAACCUGAAAUAGAAAUAAAAGCUGAAAUUAAGAAAGAACUUGCUCAAGAUGAGCAACAAUAUAAUAUAGAAAGUCAGCUAACUAAAUCCUUUGAUCUUGGAGACUUGAAGAAUGAACCAGAUGAAGAUAUCUCAGGAAAAAAGUAUACGGAAGUUUUAAAAGAAAUGAAUCAAAAGAUAGAUAUCGGGAAGAUAGGAAUAAAAGUGGACAGACUAAAAAAAACAGAAGGAGGAGAUAUCCUCGUAAAAUUAAAAGGGAAGGGAGCCGCGGAAAAAUUGAAACAAGAAAUGGAUACGAGAAUGUCUGGUAUGAACAUGGCCAUACGUAAAAAGGAAAUCCAUUUUACAAUAACGGGGUUGGACCCUGGCGUUACAGAGGAGAGGCUACAUAGCGCCAUAAAGUCAUACACAGGUAUCCCCAAAGACGAAGUAGAUAUAAAAUCGUUAAGGACCAGUAGGUACGGGGAACAGUUGGCUACUAUAGCCGUACCCCCAACAAAAGCCGUACAAUUGAGGAAAUAUAGCUCAAUCAUUAUAGGCUGGGUGUCAUGCCCGAUCAUGGAAAAGCACACGCCCGUAAGAUGUUACAAAUGCCUCUUAUACGGGCACAAUACUUAUGAGUGCAAGGGGGAAAGCAGGGUAGCAUGCUGCUACAACUGCUUUAAAAGUGGUCACACGGCGGUGCAGUGUAGCGGCACUGCGUACUGCCUUACGUGUAAAGAAGAAGGGCAUCGCAUGGAUCGCAUGGCAUGCCCAGCCUAUAGGGCGUGGGUAUACGGCAGGGGAGGAGAAAGGGUGCCCCUCAAAAAAAAUGUGUAA